GUAACGCGUCUUCGUCCACACGCGACAGGUCCCCGACGUUUCGCUCUGUCACAAGUUAAAUAACUUAACGAUACCCACGUAAAUCGUGGCUCGCGUGGACCCGAUCGGCGAGCGCGGAGGACGCGGAUACCCUUGCAAGAAGUCAGCCGCGCACGCACGUGUGUACAUAUACACCUACCACGGCCUGGAGGGGUUUAUCAGCAUUCAGCAUUGCUUUGCUGGCACUGUUACACACUUUGCCUCACUCUCGUCUCGGUCUCAUACAGUGCUCAUUUAGCUAACCACCGAUACCGCUGAAAAACGGUGCCAAGUGAUCCGAGUGCCUUCUCGCUUCAGGAAGAAAGGACAUCGGUACCGGAAGCGCAGAGCGUGGAUAUCUUCCAUGUUUCCACUUGGCUGAUAUAUAUACAUAUUUAUACACCUGGAAACUUUAUUAUUUUCCGUUUACCAGGCAACGCUUAAUUAUCGCAAGGACACGUUUGUGCGCUUCGCCGAGGUGGUACCAUUAAAAUCGAACUGCAUCAUCGAUGAUCGACAGGAUACAGAAGAAAUUGGUCGCUCUACGUGACACGUUCUAAAGUGUGUUCGAAAUACGAUUUCUACAUGGAGAUAUGUCGAUUCCGUUGAAUACGAGGUCGACAAUGCCACGGGAUUUUUGCAGAUAUCAAAUCCGUAACGAUAACGCGCUGAUACCGGUAUCGUGAUUGUGAGCAUCCAGUCCAGCAUUGUCUUCGGGAGGGGUUCUAUUUAGCUCUUACCUCGCUAUAUAUUCACCAUGGAAGUCGAUGAGUUGUUGCUGUACUUAGCUAUAGCCGGAGGAGUGGUCGCAGGAGCUUUGUUAAUACUAUUUAUUUUGGUGAUUCUCCUCUUUGUGAAAGUGAAUCGAUUAGCCACCGAUGGAUCGAAUCAGUUAAAUAGACAAACGAGUAUGAUGGCAGACUUUUGUUAUACGAAUCCCACGAUUGUGCCUGGAGAACUGCUAUCUCGUCGUGGUUUCUCGAUGUACAGCGGCUCGGAAAAUUUUAACGACGACUAUGGAAUAAAGAGCAAACAACAGUAUGGCACUUAUCACGAGGCCCGAUCGAAAUUUUAAGGAAAAAGGUGUAAGUGACGUCGGCCAACAAUUGAUUGGGAAGUUGUCAGUUAUUCCUCCUGCGCCGAUUCAUAAAUAAUAAGACUCGUGUAAAUCUAAUCAUAUCAUCAUUUGCCAUAAAAUUUAUUUAUCUAUGCUAUAUAUAUAGUUAUUUAUAUAAAACUUCGCUAUCAUUUUUCGGUUAAUUUAGCGAACACGCUUGAAACACUGAGGAAAUUACUUUAAUCGGUAUACUAAGCAAAGUAUUCGAUGUGGAAAAUUAUAAUUAAAUAUAACGACAACGAAUAUUAUGUUACAAUUAAGUUCAUCUAGUAUCCAAUGAGUGGAGGAAUGAAAUUCUUCCAAUUAGUACACCGAAUCAACGGCAGGUGUCGCCACAUGUAUUAGUCUGCUUGGUAUAAUCGCGUGACUGUGUUCGUAGCUGGGGCAUUAAAACCUUAUAAACCUUAUAAAAACCAAACAUUAAUUCUCUUCGAUCGAGACAAAUGUUAUUCAAUAUUUUUUCUGAUUUUUUUUCAAUUAUUUAUUGUACAUUAAUUAUCUAUAGUGAUGGAAUCCCAAAACUAUGCGCCUAAAAAUGGGAUUUAUCUUGUUAUACAGCUGUGUACAAUAAAUAUAACUAUGUUACGCAUU